AUGGACCAAGUCUCGUACGUGGAAGUGGCGCAGUCACGCGCACGCCUGCGGGCAGUUGGACUAGACCUGCCAAACAGCCGCUGCCAACUUGAACGCCUGGAGGUGGCCGAGCUGAAUCUGAAGCUGCUUUCUGGAGAGUCUGGCGAGGAAGUCAUUGCGGAGUAUUAUGCGAUGUUGCAAGUGCCAGAGGCGGAUGACAGAUGGUUUGCGAAUUUGGGUGUGCAGAAGCAGGGGUGCGUGUCGAGCGUGCUGUUGGCCAUCUGCGAUGCAUGGCGACGGCUGGUGCUUCCAUUUCAAGCCUUGCCUUGGCGGCUGAUGCGGAUCAUUGUGAUGGAGCCAGUGAUGGCGCUCGACUAUGCGUCUGAGUUGAGGACACAGCACAGCAACUGCGAGCAGUGUUCAGAUCCGCUGUUCUCCAAGGUCUUUCUGCAAUGGCUUUUCCAGGAAGGUCUUUCGCAAGAGACCCGUGUUGGCAGGAUGAAGCGCCUGCAGGUGCUGUUCCAGGACGUUUUGGUGUCCCUUCCUGGCUCUUCCGUAGCAAUCGAGAGGCAGCACGCGAACGUCCAAGUAGAUUGCAUGGCGACAAAGCAGGGUCCACCACGGCCAGCUAGUGUGCAGGCCAGUUCGUACAUAACGACAGUCGUCCUCGCGCACAAGCAACUCCUGAAAUGCCUCGAGAAGGAUACUUUUGGUAAAGCCUCCGCGAGGAUCCGAGCUGCAAUGAGAUCACGGACAGUGGACAGCGCAGCCCCCGCACUUGGGGUUGGCGCAGCUCGCCGCAGCAAGCUGAAGCCGGAUGGCACCGUGAAAGGACGCCCGGGGCUCUUGAAGGGCAUGUUGCCCCUUGGCUGCCUGCGGUCAGUGCGGGGCAACAAAGUGCAGAAGGAGACGGGCAAAAGCCGGCAUGUGAGUGCCUUCAAUGUUUUCCAGAAGGAGGUUUGCUCCAGGGCCCGCGGACACAAGGUCGGCAGCAACGAGCAUCGGGCCAUAAAUCGCCAGGUCUCGGACGCAUGGAAGAUCCUCUCAGCUGAGCAGAAGGGUGCUUACAGGGCAAAGGCGGCGCAAAUUCAGCAGCAACGCCAACAGCUUCAGGGCCAGUCCUUGAGCGGCCCAAGCGCGGCCGCAGAUGCUGCCACAGGUGAUUGCGAACUGAGCGCUGCUCAGAUUAAGAGGCUAACUAGUGGCCGGCUGGACAAAACCUUGUCCCAAAUUUCUGGUCACAGCUACUGGGACUCUGGCCUUGCCCUUGCAGACCAUGUUGCAGCUCUGCGCUCAAGCCUGGUAAAGGUUCCGGAGGAUUGCGCGGGCAUGACUGCUGCGCGUGAAGCGCACCGCAAGACUUUUGAUCACGACCCCGAAAUUUUGCCGAACCCUAAGAAGAGUCCCACGUAUAUGAGGCCAUGUGCCACGCGUGAAGCAGGGACCUGCGUGGCGGAUGCUGGUUACUCGGCUACUCUGGCUCUGGUUUCCCAGUUCGACACGGCCUUGCAGCAAGCCAAGCUAGUGGGCGCUCCAGUUCUUGUACACUUCAACGUACAGUUGCAGCACGAUGUGGAUCGUGUAUUGGCAGCCGAGCAUUGGAUGGUGCUGGCAGGCGUGUCUCGCAGGCCACUUUGCCAUUCCAUCAUCUAUGUGCACGAGCAAUCUGGGCAGUUGCGUCUGACCGCACGCGCGGGAGCUCUUCAUGUCGGAACCCUGCGUCAGAAGCUUCGCAGCUUGGUGCAGGCGUGCCAGUUGGUCAGGCAGCAGGCAAGCGACUUUCUUGCCAAGGCUGAGCCGAUUACAACUGAGACUCAGGCUUAA